AUGAGGAAGCAUGAAAACAAAAUUACACUCGGUUUUACUGAAAAAGAUCUUGAAAAACUAUAUCAAGCAAAACCUAUUCCAACUCGUAAAAAGAUAAUCCUUAACUAUGGAAGCCUUUCAAUUUCUAACUCCCACAACUUUUCCUUCUGUUACGCUUCUGACUGUGAACUUACUUUCAACAAAUCACGAUGGAGUGAAGCCGAUGUUGUCAUCUUGACAGAUCAACGGUAUCCUGUAGGUCCAAGACCACCAAAUCAAUUAUGGUUCGUUUUCGUACAUGAACCUCCCCCAAUUAUCAAAAUUGCCAACGGACUGGAAAAUAAAGUCAACUACACAAUCACUUAUCGAAUGGAUUCAACUAUUUAUUUUCCGUAUCGGAGUUACGUCCCAUUAAAUGCUAGUCAUGGUCCAGAUACAAAAUAUAAACUUCCUUCACGUAACUAUGCCACUGGUAAAUCUAAAAUGGCAGCAUGGUUUGUAAGCAACUGUAAAGCUACAAGUCCGAGACAAAUUUAUGUCAAAGAAUUAUCUCGUUAUAUUGAGGUUGAUGUUUAUGGUGCUUGUGGCACUAUGAAUUGCUCUAAGAACUCCGAAGCUGAAUGUUUUGCUCUACUCAAAAGUCAGUAUAAAUUCUACUUGAGUUUUGAAAACAGCUUAUGUCCUGAUUAUAUUACAGAAAAGUUUUUCAUCAACGCAUUGAGUAACAACGCUGUUCCAGUGGUGAUGGGUGCAUCAAUCGAAGAAUACAAGCGUGUUGCUCCUUCUCAUUCGUUUAUUCAUGUGGAUCAGUUUCAGUCGCCAGCAGAACUCGCUAAAUAUUUGAAGUAUCUGGAUAGAAAUGAAACCGCAUAUAAUGAAUACUUCUCAUGGCGUGAUCAUGGAAUUAUAAAUGCUUGGACGCCAAAGCCCCAGUGCGUUAUAUGCCUAUUAGCCCAUACUGCUGAUAUACUGGAACCAUAUACAUUCCCGAACGUUUCAAAAUGGUGGAAUGAUGCUUGUAUCAACCGUAAGCUGCGCUGGAAUUCGCCAAGUUGA